AUGACUAGCCGGCCGAACUUCCUGGAUCAGUUUUGCGUCAAUUACGCCAACGAGCGGUUGCAGAACUUCAAGCAGAAGAAACUCUUCGAGCGUCAUGUCAGCGAGUACACAACAGAGGGCAUCUCCUGCUUCGUUCCUCAGGUGCCGUACUUUGACAACUCGGAGUGUCUGCGCCUGCUGCAGCACAAGCCUGGUGGUCUUAUUCAUAUCAUGGAUGACCAGGCGAGGCGCCAGCCGAGGAAGACGGACCACACCGUGGCCGAGUCGUUCGCGAAGCGCGGCCCCGUCACGUACUCGUCACACGAAUUCCUCGAUAGGGAUUUGGAUGCCCUAGAUCCUGAUUUCGUCUCUCUUCUGCGCGGUGCAUCUGCGAGCACAACCGACACUCCUUCAGCUGAUGGCUCAGGUUCCAUCAACCCUUUCGUCCGGGGACUGUACUCCGCGAAGGCCAUUGCUACUCAGGCCCAUCCUCGAAACGAGGAUACCAUCGUCGCAGCGCAGCAACCGGUUAAGCCAAUGCGCGCGCCGUCGAUGCGCAGGAAAAACACGAUUAAGCGGAUGCCGACGUUGAAGGAAUGUGACCUUGACGAAAAGGAAAGGGAGGACGAGGAGCCCCUAGGUACUAUGGGUAGCGGUGGUGCACCGUGCGUUGCGGGCGAGUUCCGCACCGCGCUGGAUACGUUAUUCGAGACCCUCGAGGAAACCCAAUCGUGGUAUGUGUUCUGCAUUAACCCCAACGACUCACAGCUGCCAAACCAGCUGGAAGGUCAGUCGGUCAAGGGCCAAGUCAGGAGCUUGGGACUGGCAGAGAUCGCAUGGAGAUCGGUGAACGUGUUCGAGGUGACUAUGCUACCGGACGAGUUUGUGCGGAGGUACAAGGCCCAGAUAUCUUCGUUGUGCGUGGUCGAAGGUGAUCCUCGAGAAAUGGUCGAGCAGGCGAGAACGGUUCUAGGGCUACAGGUGAUAGACAUCGUCCUUGGUCUUCAUAAGGUGUUCCUGUCGCAAAUCGCGUUCCACUCCCCCGAGGACGAUCCUCGUUCCAGGGAUAUUGAAGAGCUCAAACGCAACAGGUUGCGUGACACUGAGGCUGAGGCCGGCCUCAAUCCACGAAGAUUUGGUGACCCUUAUGCACCGUACGCUACGCCAGGCGCGGAUACAUCAUCCUACGAAGAAGGCGGUUACAAUAACCCGUUCAGCCAAUCAAGUCAGGUUCUCCCUCUGGUUGUCAAUACAUCUCCGUUCCAGCGUGCCGAUAUGUACAAUGAAUACGACGAACGGAAGUCGCUGCGGAGCGAUGACUACGAUGGUCGCAGCGCCUUCACUAGCCAACGCGAUAACGACUCGACGUCCAACUUUGGCACCGGCGCACAGAACGAUAUCUUCCAGAAUGCAUCUACCCUCGGGCCUGGCUCCGGCUCUGGUGCAGUUACCUCCACCCCUGCUGCAGCGCCGACGUCCAUGCCUGCCGCGUCACUCACGUUCACUCCCGUGGCAGCGCCGCCGACCUCAGACAUGCCCGCCCCCUCCCCCUCCCCGUCCUCGUCACCCGCUCCACCCCUCAUUAACUCCCCCGACUCCUUACCCUCAGUGGCGCUGUCGUCCUCAUUGAUCGCUCGAAUGGUUGACACUACCUGA